AUGCUAUCACAACUUCUUGUUUUGGCUCAUCUGUGUCUGUUAUGGCCUCUGGCCGUGUCCGCGAUUAGCCCUGCCCGCCUCGCCGAACUGCGCAAUGCAACCACACAGGUCUUCCACCAUGGCUGGGACAACUACAUGCGCAUCGCAUUCCCGGAAGACGAGCUGCGCCCAAUCUCCUGCACCCCAUUGACGCGCGAUCCCGCGAACCCCGCAAACUACGACCUCAACGAUGUCCUUGGGAACUACUCUCUCACCCUCAUUGACAGCCUUUCGACUUUGGCGAUCCUUGCAGGGACUCCAUCCGAUCAUAAUACUGCCGUAUGGGCUUUGCAGGAGUUCCAGCAGAGCGUGUCAGCUUUCGUCGAAUACUAUGGAGAUGGUAGACGAGGCCCUUCCGGGCAAGGCCGAAGAGCACGGGGAUUCGACCUUGACAGCAAAGUACAGGUCUUUGAGACGGUCAUCAGAGGGGUAGGCGGUCUGCUGAGCGCACAUUUGUUCGCUGUGGGAGAGCUGCCGAUACCGGGCUACAACCCAGGUCAAGUCUCGAAUCAGGACGAGGACGAGGACCCGCUGGAACUGCGCCCAAUAUCUUGGCCGAACGGUUUCAAGUAUGAUGGUCAACUUCUCAGGCUAGCGUUGGACCUCGCGGAGAGACUUCUGCCUGCCUUCUACACGAAGACCGGCCUACCAUAUCCGAGAGUUAACCUUCGACACGGCAUUCCGUUCUAUGUAAAUUCUCCGCUACACAAAGUCUCCCGCGAUGACCCGGACUCGCCUCGAAAUACGAACGAGAAAACGGAUACAUGCAGUGCUGGCGCAGGGAGUCUUGUAUUGGAGUUUACCGUCCUCAGCCGACUUACCGGAGAUCCGAGGUUUGAGCAGCUGGCUAAGAGGGCGUUUUGGGCAGUCUGGAAAGCCAAAAGCGAAAUUGGCCUCAUCGGGAAUGCCAUCGACCCUGAAAAAGGUGAAUGGGUCAGCUUCGACUCUGGCAUAGGUGCUGGCGUCGACAGCUUCUUCGAAUAUGCUCUGAAAAGCCAUAUUCUGCUGUCGGGCCAUGAACUCCCCAACGUUACAAUAUCAGAGCCGCCCACAGACCGACAGUGGCUCGAUCCUAACACUUUGCACGAUACACCAUUGACGCCGGAGGAGAACUCUGCGGGGGCUUUUCUGGAGGCGUGGCACCACGCACAUGCAGCAAUCAAGCGUCAUUUGUACAACGAUGCGCAUCAUCCGUAUUACAUGACGGGCCACCGGACCCGUGGGUACGCCUUCACGAGCUGGAUCGACAGCCUUGCAGCAUUCUAUCCUGGUUUGCUUGCCAUGGCUGGCGAGGUCGAGGAGGCUGAGGAAGCCAACUUGCUAUACACCGCCCUCUGGACCCGCUAUGGUGCUCUGCCUGAGCGAUGGUCUGUCCGCGAUCGACAGGUUGAUUCCGGCAUUGGCUGGUGGCCCGGUCGGCCCGAGUUCAUCGAGUCAACCUAUUAUUUGUAUCGUGCUACGAAUGACCCCUGGUACGUGCAUGUUGGGGAGAUGGUCCUAAGCGACAUCAAGAGACUGUGUUACACAAAGUGCGGUUGGUCCGGGCUCCAGAACGUCGACACAGGGGAGAAGGCCGACCGCAUGCAAAGCUUUUUCCUGGGAGAAACCACCAAGUACCUGUACUUGCUUUUCGACCCAGACCAUCCUCUAAACAAGCUUGACGCUGCUUAUGUCUUCACGACCGAAGCGCAUCCUCUAAUCAUUCCUCGACGAAGGACGAAGCCGAAAAGAAAGCAGAAAUCCAACCGGCAGGCCAGGAGCGUCGACGUCUACUACGACGAGAACUUCACAAACACUUGCCCUGCACCAACAAAGCAAGUCCCCCUAACAGGAUCUGUUCUGGCCGCACGACCAGACGUCUUCCACGCGGCAAGCUUCGUCAACCUCCACACCAUAUCCAACCCGCGGAGUGGGGUGGAGCUUGUUCCUGCCGGCAAGGGAAGUAACGGCUCGAUCUCCAGAUACAAGGCAAAUCACACAUUCUUUCCUUGGACGUUGCCACGAUCUCUCAUUCCCGACAACGGUACUUGCGCAGCAUUGCCAUUCAAGCCCACGCUCAUCAUCGAAUUCCCUUCUACUGUACAACAGGGCAGUGUUGGCAGUGCUUUCAACAACCUCUUUGCGAACACUGCAGCCUUUAAAACACCGGUGGGCGUCAGAAUAUCUGCCCUGAGCGGACUGAAGGUCUACUUCGUCCAGGAGGAUACGUUUGACUCUGCAUACGACCAUACCUGGCGAGUUACGCAAGUGAACCACCUGCCUCUGGGGCGGGAUGAACCAGUCCACAUUGACGCAGAUCUCCUGAAAGGCAUCUCCGACCCUCUCUUCAACCGCGUCCGUUAUAACGGAUUCAUUGAGCUCAUUAUGAUGCACGGAGAGCCAGAAGAGCAUAAUGCCAGCGCUCCGGUCCCUGCUGAGGGGCUGGAAGUCGAUAUUGGCGAUUUCGACAACCAGGUUCAGCUCACCGAAGAGGCCAGGCCUGAACUGGCGGAUGACCAAGCUGCGGACAAGGGCAUGAACACGGCCUACAGGUCCAUGCUCAAGUCCAUGAUCCGCGCUGUCACAUCGGUCUUUGAUCCCGCCAACACGCCGGCGCCUCUUCCAGCAGGAACCCAGGCGAAAUUUCAUGUUGAGAGUUACAUGGGGGCUUUGGCCGUGGGCAAGGGAGCUGUCCCGCUACCUGAUGUCCCUGAUGCGUCCAUCCCCGCCGACGAUGCCGCUCCGACCCUUCAGUGGCAGACGGUCUACCGUGCAGGGUUUGGCUGCGAUGGCAGAUUGCCGGACGAGGCACCCCGCCAUCACCAAGUCAUCGUCAUGCGCCGCGGGGGCUGCUCUUUUAGCGAGAAGAUAGCCAACAUACCCUCAUACACGCCCUCAGCGCGCUCCCUACAGCUCGUCAUUAUCGUGGAUGAGGACGAGCUCGAGAACGACUAUGUCUUCAGUGCCCCGGACAUGUGGGAGUAUGAAAUGAUCAAGCCUCAUCUGGACGUGGAACAGAUUACGCCGGCGGGACUGCGGCGGCCGCACCCCAUUGCCAUGGUGAUGAUCCGCGGCGGCGGUCCCGAGGCGUACGAGAAAUUCGGAAACGCGCUGGGUGUGGGCGUCCGCAGAAAGUAUUUUAUCGAGACACAAGGACGGAGGGUGGACAAUAUCAUUGUCUUGUGA